CAUUCAUAGAUAUACAAAUGCAAAUAAAAUGCAUUUUUCUUCCAACUGAAAGGUUAUAACCGAAAUCCUCUUUUAUUUGCAUGCACGCAUUCGCCAAUUUAUUGCUAAUCGCACAUAUCUGCAGUUUUCUGGAAUCAGCGAGUCGCAUUAUUUAUUUGUAACUGAAGUAAUUCAAUCUGACAAAAUCGAUACGCAUCAUCAAAAGCCUUUCAGUGUUCUUUUCCAAUUGCGAGUUUGUCACGAACAAAUAAACUGUUCAGAAGAAUGAUACAAACAUCGGUUGCGCCACUCAUCCAUAUUUGAAACGAAAUCGUUUGCAAGCAAAUAAUACCAAACGACAUUUUAUAGGCCAAUUUCGUAAUGUAAACCUGCGUGAUACUGAAAAGCAGAUGACAGUAGGAAGCACCUUCCCGUUUCAAAACUCAGAGCGACCUCGCUCGCGAUCGCCAACUUCCUCGCCAUUCACUGACCUACCUAAUGAUGAUAUUACAAAAAAAAAAUGGAUACAAAAAGGGAAUAAUGAUGGCAAUAAUAAAAGAAACAACGUCCUCUCUCUCUACACGAACGUAACAGGUUUUUUGGAGUCUUGCCAACUCUUCAAAGUGUGUUUCACACUUUCUGUCACUUGUAGACUUCAACACUCGCAGGUUUGGAACCGGUGAUCGCGCGCGUAUUCGGGACAUGUGAAGUGCUAGUUUUUAUAUUCGAAUCACAUUAUGGAUUUCACUUUCUGUUAAGGCAACUUCAUAUUGAAUAUACAAAGAUUUCUAAAAUGGCUCUUAAUCUGGGAUUCAGUUCCAGUUCAUACGACCUUGAAAAGCAACGGAAUAGUCGAGACAGUUUUGCAGUGCCUCGGAUCUCUAUUUCGCAGUUCAGUGAGCAGCCUAAAGUCCCGAUCAAAGAAGAUGAGAAUCCGGAAAGAGCCACCUGGUCCAAAGGAAUUCAAAGUUUACUACUGUGCCUUUCCAUGUCUGUCGGUCUUGGGAACAUUUGGCGAUUUCCAAAUGUGGCUUACAACAAUGGAGGAGGUGCUUUUUUGAUACCCUAUUUAUUGCUGCUGUUUAUUAUUGGCAGACCGCUCUACUACUUAGAACUCAUCCUUGGUCAGUUUUCGAGUCAAGGCCCUAUCAAAGUUUGGAGAAUGGUCCCGGCAUUCAAAGGUAUCGGAUAUGCUCAGGUGGUUUCCAUAGCUUACGUCCUCAUCUUUUACAACUAUUUAAUGGCUCUCAGCAUAUUUUAUAUUUUUGCUUCGAUGCAAUCGUGCCUACCUUGGACUGAAUGCCAUUUUCCUAAUGGAACAUUUAAUGAGAAUGGAACAACCUCAGAUGGAAAACCUCCGACGGAGUACUUCUGGAUGAAGGAGGUUUUGCAAAAGUCAGAUGAUGCGGAGUUUUUAUCCAUAAGUUGGAAAUUAGUUUUGUGUUUGCUUUUGACUUGGAUUAUCGUGUACGCCUCUGUUAUGCAGGGUACUAACUCUCUGGGAAAGAUGUCAUAUUUCACAUCCAUAUUUCCGUUUUUCGGUCUUUUUGUAUUACUUGUCAUCGCAUGCUUGGAAGAAGGAGCCUGGGAAGGCAUUCAGUAUUUCUUCAGGCCCAAUUUGGAGAAACUCAAAGACAUAACAGUCUGGUAUAAGGCUACUGAACAAUCAUUCUUUUCAUUAAAUAUAGCCUACGGAAGCAUCAUCAUGGUUGCUAGUUAUAACAAGUUUCAUAAUAAUAUUUAUAGAGAUGCCAUUCUUAUCAGCGUUCUGGAUACUGUUGUGAAUUUACUGGCUGGAUGCGUGAGUUUUGCUGUUUUAGGCUCUCUGGCUAAAAAAUACGCAAAGAACAUACACGAGGUGGUAGACCAUGAAGGUUUAGGUCUGGCCUUCAUUGUGUAUCCAGAAGCAUUAGCUGCCAUUUCAUACGUCCCGCAGCUAUGGUCCGUUGUCUUCUUUUUUAUGCUCUUUGUUCUUGGAGUUGGUAGCUCGAUGUCUCAAAUGGAAACGCUUCUAACGGUCAUAAAGGACAGAUUCCCGAAACUGCGAAAGAGAAUUUGGCUCCUCGCUCUUACUGCGUGCGUACUGUUUUUUGGCCUGGGUCUGCCUCUCACGACGAAUUACGGUCAACAAAUUUUGGUUUUACUCAACAACUAUGGAGUUGGCGUUGCGGUCUUUUUCUAUGCAGUCUUGGAAGUUGUAGGUGUUGCUUGGAUUUAUGGUUUAAGGAAUUUCUGCGACGACGUCGAAUUCAUGUUAAAUAAAAGACCAGGAAUAUUUUGGAAAUUCACUUGGUUUUUCACUGCGCCGGUUGCUCUCAUGAUCAUCUUCGUGUUUGGUAUUAUUGAUGCGGAAUCUAAAAGCGAUUCAUCCGCUUCCGACUGGGCUUCUAAUGUUGGAUGGGUUUUGGCUGCUCUGGCUCUUGUUCAAAUACCGCUAUGGUUCAUCAUCGAGGUUUACAGAAACCCACACAGUGGAAUAUUUAAGAAAUUUGUGCAUGCACUAAAACCUUCCGAUGCUUGGGGGCCCAGCAAUCCUGUCCACAACGCCGAAUGGAGAGCUCAGAAAGAUUCCAAACACUCAACGAAACUCCCUAAAAACAGUAUUGCCACAAUAGACUCCACUUAUGCGAAUGAAGGGUACAAAGAAGAUGUUUUCUGAUAGCUGAUACCGAUGUACCCGAAUCGGCAUCUAAUACAUACGACUACUGCCACUUUUGUACUUUUUAAUGUUUGCCAUACUUAAACAAACUGCAUUUAUAUUGUUUAUGUUAAAACUUUUUGUGACUUGUGAAUGUUUAUUUGUAUC